UUUUUAAGAGUCACAUGGUGGUUUUUCCGCUUUCCCAUGACACUUCAGAGCAAAUAACCGCUGAACGAGGCGUGCCAUGCCGCCUUGUUGUCAUUGGUCAUCUUCCUCUGGCCACAGCUAUCGGCACCGGGAACUACUCGGCGCCGACCACCGGCCUGGGACAGCCGAAGCAGCGGCGGCCAUCACCACCGAGUACCGUGGACGUAAAAGCGGACAUAUUAAACACAACUACGGAGUUGACCAGAAGCAGGAAGUGGGGGGCUAUAGAGUUUGUCAACGAGCGGCAGUGGGCAAACUAAGGAAGCAGCAGUCAUGUCCAACGAACGCACGCCCCUCGUUACUUCAGGGAUUUGUGGUCUGACGGUGGCAGCAGGAACAUGCGGCGCCGUACGGGACACGUCCCCCGACUCCAGCUCUGGCCCACCCAGCAAAGAGCCUCGGAAGCUCAACACCUUUUUCGGGGUGAUGGUGCCGACCAUCCUCUCCAUGUUCAGUAUCGUACUGUUCCUGAGAACAGGGUUUGUUGUUGGCCACGCUGGUCUCCUGGAAGGUCUUCUGAUGGUGGUUGUAGCCUACACCAUCAUAACGCUCACCAUCUUGUCUAUCUGUGCCAUUUCCACCAACGGAGCCAUACAAGGCGGUGGUGCCUACUACAUGAUCAGUCGAUCCCUGGGACCUGAGUUUGGAGGAAGUAUUGGUUUGAUGUUCUUCUUGGCCAAAGUGUUUGCGUGUGGAGAAUAUGUUCUUGGUCUUGUGGAGGCUAUACUUGACGUCUUUGGCGUGGAUGCUGAAACAUCCGUGUCCGAGGGUGUGCGCGUGCUCCCUCAAGGUUACUGGUACAUCGUGCUCUACUCCUCUGUGGUCCUCCUCUUGUGUCUUCUGGUGUGUCUGGUGGGCGCCCACAUCUACUCCCGCACCGCCUUCGCCAUCCUGCUGCUGGUCACCGUGUCGCUGUUGUCCGUCUUUAUCAGCUCUUUGGCCGUCAAACCUCUAGAUUUUGUCCUCACUCACUUGGGUCCUGGCAACCAGACCCAGCGUUAUAACGCCAGCUACACCGGCUUUAACCUAACAACGCUGAAGAACAACCUGGGCCCUGGUUACUCGUUGGACUACAGCACCCACACUGUAAUGUCCUUUGCCACCGUGUUCGCCGUCAUGUUCACCAGCUGCACUGGAAUUAUGGCUGGAGCCAACAUGUCAGGAGACCUGGAAACUCCAAGCAUAUCCAUCCCCAAAGGUACCAUCGUGGCCGUCAUUUACACAUUCAUUGUCUACGUUCUCUUCUUCCUCCUGGUCAGCGCCACCUGUGAAAGGACUCUGCUGAUUCAAGAUUAUGGCUUCCUCCAAAGAAUAAACAUUUGGCCGCCAUUUGUGACCAUAGGGAUAUACUGUGGCGCCCUCUUCGCCGCAAUGUGCUCCAUGAUCGGGGCAUCCCGUAUCCUGCACGCCCUCGCUGUGGAUAAACUCUUUGGUUUGCCAUUAGCCCCUGCCACCAUCACAACCAGCUCAGGGAACCCAUGGAUGGCUGUGCUUUACACGUGGGGGCUGGCACAGUGUGUGGUGUUUGCUGGUCAACUCAAUGCUGUUGCCAGCUUGGUGACUGUUUUCUACUUGCUUGCCUACGCCGCGCUUGACUUGGCUUGUUUGGCCCUUGAGUGGGCUUCAGCGCCAAAUUUCAGGCCGACCUUUCGGUUCUUCUCUUGGCACACGUGUCUGCUGGGGAUCCUGAGUUGUUUAGUCAUGAUGUUCGUCAUAAACCCUGUGUACUCAUCGGGUAGCAUCGUGCUCCUGUUGUUGCUGCUCCUCUUCCUCCACUUCCGUUCUCCCACCAGCAGCUGGGGCUACAUCAGCCAGGCUCUCAUCUUCCAUCAGGUGCGCAAGUAUCUGCUGAUGCUGGAUGUGAGGAAGGACCAUGUGAAGUUCUGGAGGCCACAGGUGCUGUUAAUGGUCGCCAAUCCGCGAUCUUCCUGCCAGCUUAUCCUCUUUGUCAACCAGCUGAAAAAGGGAGGACUAUAUGUGUUGGGCCACGUGCAGCUCGGGGAUCUAGAUUCUUUUCCGUCAGACCCUGUGCAGCAACAGUACAGCUUUUGGUUGAGUUUAGUCGACAAGCUCGGGGUGAAGGCCUUCGUAGACCUGACGCUCUCUCCGUCUGUCAGACAGGGAACGCAACAUCUUCUGCGCAUCACAGGUCUCGGUGGCAUGAAGCCCAACACCCUGAUUUUGGGUUUCUAUGACAACUGCACCCCCGAGGACUUCUUCCUUCAAGAUACAGCCUUCUGUGGCACGUCACUGGGACAAGGCACAGAGGGCGAGUAUAAUUUUGGGGUUGACCUGCCUUCAUUACAAGCUCAUUUCCCUCCGGUCCGACAUGUUGAGAGCCCACGCUGGCUCUCGCCCGAAGAGUACGUCGGGAUCAUUUCGGACGCCAUCAAAAUGAACAAGAACGUGUGCCUGGGACGUUAUUUCUUCCACUUAGAAGGCGAGGGGAAGCAGAGCAAAGUGGACGGGUCGGAGCGGACCAUUGACGUGUGGCCUCUCAAUCUGCUGCAGCCGGGCUGUGGAGAUUAUCAGGACGUGUGCAGCCUGUUCUUGCUGCAGAUGGCGUGUGUGCUCAACAUGUCCAGCAAGUGGCGCCAUGCCAGGAUGAGGAUCUUCCUGAAUGUGGAGACGGAGUCCAGCGACCAGGGCUGGGUGGUGAACGAAGAGACGUUUCGAGAGUUACUGAGGAAGCUCAGAAUCCGGGCGUCCAUUAAGAUCGUGCCGUGGGACUCGGUGGUGCAGCACUACACUCAGCCAACGAAGGACGCUGAGGAGCAAAGCCACACCCUCUCGGAGCUCUUCUUGUCCGCGGUGAACUGCAUGUUAUUGGAGCACAGUUCUCAGGCUGCUGUCCGCUUCCUGUAUCUACCGCGACCUCCUGCUCACUACGGCCAAUCGCAGGGGUACUUGGCUCACCUGGAAGCUGUGACCAACACUUUAGGGCCAACGCUCUUCAUCCAUGGCGUCACACCGGUGACAUACACGGAUCUGUAAGCAUGAGCGCUUAGAACGCUUCCCUAAAUGCUUAUUUAAGUCUUCUUAUACAAGCACUGGUUACAUAAAGUGGAUACAAGGGUUCGCUUUAUUAGGUACAUUUUAUGAGGUAAUUGGUUUGACAGUAUUUUUGUUAUUGUACAAACUGAGCAUUACUGUAUUAGCGUUGAAACAUCUCUUGUAUUCGAUCCAAUUACAUGGUGCAGGUGUACCUAAUGAUCUGUCUGGUUUGUGUACGGUACUACAUUCUAAACUCUGUUACAGUCAGUGUACAAUAAAUAUAUAUACACACCUAUAAUACUAUUGUAGUAGGAUACGUUCCUGUACUGUUUGUUUUCAUGCACUUGGACUGCUGAGAUUGUGGCACUUAUGAUUAUUGUUAGGGAUGUCCCGAUUCAAUAUUGAUAUUAGUCAGCAAAAAAACUAAUAAAAAAAACGUAUCGGAGGAUAUCAGCUUGGAUCUACAAGCACUCCUGCAGUGUGUUUACGUGUGCAAAGCUGGACAGCCAGUUAACAUCUAAAUGUCCUCCGAAAGGCACACAGGAUUGGUCUUUUCUUGUAUUUUAGUGAUGUCAUUUACAAGAGGUAAACAUGGUAGGCGAUAGGCUACUAGGAGCUUGCAGCUACACAACAGCUAAGCACACAAGCUUGACGUGUGCAGUACAUGUCCUUAAUUGUCAAUGUUUGUCAAUAUAAAUAAGUAUGAAAUAUUAUAGUUGUAUAUUACUUACACUUACAAUGUCUCCAAGGCAGAAGUGCAUUAGAAAGUACCCAAUAACAUGCGUGUCAGUAUCAUUCAAUAUACUGCGUCACUUAAUUUAUGAAAUUUCGUAACCACUAGGUGUGCCAAAACACAAAUUACCAAUCCACAUUUCAAAAGCAUAAAUCUGUCAUAAGGUGUUUUUAUACAUACUAUUAUUUUCUGAGUAAUUUCACUUGAUCAUACCUUUUCUAAUGUUCCACACUACAAAAUAACAAAAGUAUGUAUAGGAUUCUUGCUGGUAUAGUAUCAGAUUAAUAUCAGUAUCGGCCAACCGAUAUCGGCAAUAUCGGUAUCGAAUCAGAAGUGAAAAAGUCGUAUCGGGACAUCCCUAAUUAAUGUGUUGAAAAAACACAUUUGUUCUAUAGAAACGUCCAUAUUUAUAGUCAUAUUAUCUGGGAUGUUUUUUUUAAUUGUAUGAAAGUACAAUAUCUGUUUUAAUUCUUGCUACUUUUUUUUUGUUGCAGGAUCUUUCAAAAACUCAAAUAAGGGGAAACAUUUUCAGUAUUCACACAAGAGUUAAGGAAUGUGUUUGUUUGUUUGCAUGCUUGCGUUGGGCGGCACAAAAAUCUAUGCUGGAUCUGCGGUCGAUCAAAUUAGAUCAAGUGUAAAACUCCAGUUACUACAAUGUAGCAAAUAUUUAGUUUUCCAUGUGUUUAACGCUGAAUGUCACCUCAACAGAAACAGAAACUGGACAAAACACAAAAAGCGCCAAACAUGAUUUGGCUUUGCUCGUCUCUCAUGUGCUUGCAUGUCUCAAAAAAUGUCAUUACUGUAUGAACAUGCAUAACUGAUAUUUGUCACUAAUUUAGCAAAUGUAUCCUCCCAGGUCAUUAUUACGUACACUGGCACUUAUCUUACUAAAUCAAACACGAUAAUUACAAACACUGCCUUCAAUCUCCCCCUCAUGCAGCCAAUAACACCCACAAAUGUUAGAAACACAUCAGAAUUUUUUUUUAUUAUUAUUUGCUGACUGUCACUCAAAGUGAAGCAUUAUUAUAUGUUUAUGUUUGAUACAGCUCUUGUAUUGUAGCUUAUACAAAGUAUCACAGGUGUACAGGUGUUGUGGUCAGUGAGUAUAUACUGUAUGUAUUCAUCAUGUAUGCAUCGUCAGUGCUCCAGUGUACAAUAAAUAUUGUGUGGUUGUA